AUGGCGUCGCGGGCGCGCGCCGGCGCGGCGCGAGGUGUCGGCGCGCGCGCGGCGACCGACCGUCAGCGCGGCGACCGACCGCCUCAACACCCCAAAGAAGUAAGUAAGUCAAAGUCGACCGCACUGUAUCUUCUCCCGCACUCGACGACGACGGACGGGAUGCGGGAGCGCGACGACGGCGCGACGACGCGCGCGCGACGAGCGAUCGCCGUCGUCGGCUGCGUCGGCGGCGUCGCGCUCGCGGUGGCGGCGGUGCUCGAACACGGAGACGCGAUGCGCGCGUGGUACGCGGGCGGCAGCGCGACGGCGAUGCUGGGCGGCGCGGACGCGCGCGCGGAGGACGUGCGACGCGCGCGCGCGGCGCUGGGAACGCCGGCGAGAUACCCGAACAGCGCGGCGGCGAGAGCGAGGCGAGAGAGGCGGACGAAGACGAGGAAAGAGGCGCGAAGGAUGAAGGCGGGACGAGACGGGGACGGGGACGCGGCGCGAGGCUUGGACGACGCGAGUUUAGGGAUGUUGGCGCCCGAUGCGGUGCCAGAGUACGAGGCGCACGCGUUUAAAGUGCCGGUGGGAACCGUGGAAAAGACGGCGGAGGAGCUGAAUAAGAUGGAGGGGUACGGGUACGACGAACGGGGCGAACUCGUCGGGGACGCGUGGCGACGCGAGUGGCGACGCGCGCAAGACGAGAUUAUUCGCGAGAGCCUGAUGGAGGAGAGGCAUCAGUCGAGGGUGAGGCAUCACCCGUCGCACGUCCAGCCGUCGCUCGGGUUUCACCCGCACGCUGGACUCGGUGCUUCGCAUCACCCUCACCAUCACCGUCGCGGCGAGAAGAAGGCGAGCGGGAAGAAGGCGAAGAGCGACGACGGCGACUCGUCCAAGUUGGGCUCGAAGGUUGAGCCGCUCAAGACGCCCGUGUACAUCAUGUCCAUGGGAGAUAAGCCGGUGCGUAACCCCGAUCCCGUGCUCGGUCGCACGGACAGUGAGCGCACGGAGCACUUGCUCAAGGAGCUCGUGAGAGAGUACGGCACGGCGGCGAUUAAAAGCUACGUGCGCUUGACGCCCGGGGUGGACGUGAGCGACUGGCCCCACGAAGAAGACACGAUGCACUUCGCGCUCAAGUCGAUCAUGAAGAACAAACCGACGGGCGCGCAGCUCGCUACGCUCCCAUGGCUUAGCUUUUACACCAGUCGCGAUAAGGAGGGUCAUUUUUCGGACAAGUUUGCGAAGGAGCGCAAUCUGUACACGCACAUCGGCUGCUUGUUCGGGCACAUGUUCCAGUGGCAGCUCGCCGCCGACGCGAACGACAAGCACGCGUUCAUGUUAGAGUCUGACGCUUUUGAUAGCUCAAUCGUCGGCAUGCCGUUCAAGGACAUGCAAACGUUGGCCGACAACGCGCCGAAGGAGUACGACAUCAUCUUUUUCGAUCAACCGAGGGACAUGACCUUCGACGAAGCGCCAGAGCAUAAAUUUAAAGACGCCGGCGGGAGUGAAAUUUACUUGUUCCGACUCAAGUCGAAGAACACUCAAGGCGGACUCUCGGCUUCGUUGGUUUCCAGGUCGUUUUAUCCCAAACUUUUCAAGCACCUCUCGCAUUUCGGCGGCGACAUCGUCGACUCGAUGUUAAAGUCGCAGCUCUGCACCGAUUCCAUGGUGGACGCCACUGGCAAGUUCACGGGAUUCGGCGCGGGCAACAAACCGUGGUUGAAGUGUUACUGGGCUUUGCCCGCGAAGAAAGGCAGGGAAUCCCACGGCAAGUUCGUCUACAAUAACUACUAAAAGUUCGGCGCGCCGGUACCGGUAUAGUC